AUGCGCGCCAUUGGCAGGAAGGGCGACGUCAGCGAGGGCAGCGGAGAGAACGGCAGCGGACUGGGACAGAGGGUAGCAGAGGCGAGGAUUGUGGCAGUGAGGGCGGGUGUGAGCGGCUGUGCGGUCGGGGCUCAAUGGAGCGCGCACCUUGCUGUGGUCGCGAAUGGCCUUCAGAAGGCCGUCGAGGUCAACCUUUAUCGCUUCAGGACGCCGUUGGAAUCAGGGCCGUCGAAAAACAGCUUGAUGCGGAACAUCUUCUUGGUCGUGCUCACAGAGAUCAGGCGGCGGCGCUUGGGCAAGACGGUCGGUGUCGGGGCAGAAGGAGCGUUCGUAAAUGACGAUUCCGAGGUCGUCGAGGUAGAUCGCCCGCCAUGGGAGGAGCCUAUGCCUGGCAUCCACGAUGCGGUGACCGACAAGGGCGUGCUCCCCAGGUCCCACAAGCAAGCCGCAACCAAUUUUCCAGCGGACCUGCACGUUACAGGCUCCACCACGAAGUGCGACAAUUGCAACUUCGCGCUGGAUCAAAUCAGAACGGAGUGGGCUAUUUUCCUCGAUGCGGAUACCUUGUUCUCGACGCAAACGUUGAUUUAUGCUAGCCACUUAUCCUCGUCAACAACUUUCGACUUUUGGCAGGGGCGGAUGGUCAACCCCAAGAGCGACGUACAAGGUGUUUUCCCUUUUGGCGCAGUGACCUGCAUGUACGACUCGGACUGCAUGCCCAACGAUGCACCGAUAUUUUACAAGUUUGGUCACGUGCCAUUCUCCGGACGAGGGGGCCUUUGGCGCGUUUCUGUUUUGCGGAAGGUCGGAUUUGACCAUAGGACCGUGGGCGAAGACUACGAUGCCUCGUUCAGGGCGUAUUUCCUCUACGGACAUAGAGGAUCGCUUGCACCGAAUAUGAUUUUCCAAGAACGUUGCCCAGGCAAUAUGACCGAUUUGCUGCGGCAGCGGAAGCGUUGGGUUAAUGCCGACUUCGAGCGAAUGGUGAGUUCGACUUGGAUGGCUCGUUCGUACUACGUUCCUCGGGUGGAGGUCUUCUUCGGCCUUUUACCGAUGAACAUCAAGAUGAAAAUGCCCUUCGAAAGCUGGCCCCGCCGGACACUGAAGUUGACGACCUCGCCGAUUUUACUUUACUACGGCUUUUGGCUUGGAAGCCCCGAGACUGGGUCACCUUGGUUCGAGAGGUUCCAACGUGCGCCUCUUUUCCCGAUCCUCAUGAUGUUCGCUUCGAUCAUCUUGCCAUACCUAGUGUGGACAAUUCGCUAUAUUGCCGCGACCCAGGUGAGUCUGUACAAGCCCCGGGUGCAGUAUUUGCUGCUGAGUCCAAUCGCCGCUUUUCUUUUCCGGCAGUUCGAAAUAUACUGCGCAAUCGAAGGGAUGCAUCGGUGGCUGUGGGGAAAAUUCGUGUUCGACUGCACUCCCCGGUCGCCAUCGACUCCAGCCCGACAAACGGUGCUCUCGGCAUAA